AUGGGCAUGCCAUUUGGCGGCCGUUCGACUGCUAUCAAAUUGCAGAACGGCGGCGUUUGGGUCUUGGCUUCCACACCUUUGGACGACGCGACCAAGACCAAGCUGAAUGAACUAGGACCGGUUCAGCGAGUUUUCAUAUCACUUGCUAAAUUUAUAUCCUCGCCAACUGCUGCUUAUUCUAGGUACAUCAUCGGCGCAGACGCUGUCCACCACCUAUUCUUGACUGAAUUCAAAACCGCCUAUCCUCAUGCUAAAUUAAUCGCGCCUCAAGAUGCCAUCAAGAGGCACGAUAACAAGGACCUCAAAUUUGAUGGUGCUUGGGGACUGGAUGCUCCAGGAACGAAAUACGGAUUUGAGGACGAGAUUAAACACUGUUAUUUCUCAGGACUUAUCAAUAAAGAUGUCGCCUUCCUUCAUGAAGCCUCGAAAAUCAUGAUUCACGCAGACUUACUCCUGAACCUUCCUGGGACGGAACAGUAUUCCAAAAGCAGCGCUUCCGGAAAGGUUCCCAUCAUCGGAUCUUUAGAUCAUGAAGCCUGGUUGCAUCCGAGAUUUACUUGGAGUAUGGGUAUAAAUAAGGAGGCCAUGAAAAACGCAGUGAAAACUGUUGAUGGAUGGGACUUUCAGAGGAUCAUCCCAUGUCAUGGGGAUGUCAUUGAAAAGGACGCUAAGCAGGCGUGGAAAGAUGCUUACAAAUUCCUCCUGGAUUCGCCCUGA